UAGAGACGAGGAGAGAGAAAACAGAACCAGCAGGGGGGAUUCAAGCUUUUCUUUUCUCUCUAAAUUUUCCCCAGGAGGAGAAAUUACAAAACUAGACAGAGAAAGCAGGGAAAUUUAGAGAGAGAGAGAGAGAGAGAGAGAGAGAGAGAGAGAGAGAGAGAUGGUGAAGACAGACAACAACAAUGGGAAUGGGGAUGUGGAUGUCAAGGGAUCUAUCAGUAAAUUCCCGUUGAACUCUUGGGAGGUGACGGUGGCUUCCACGGUGGUGCUGGGUUUUCUGUUCGGCCUUGUGGGUGUUUACCUAACCAUGCCCGCAUCCGAUUACAGCUUCCUCAAGCUCCCCCGGACCCUCCAAGACCUUCAGAUCCUCAGAGAUCACCUUGAGGACUACACAAGUGACUACACAGCACAGGUUUUAUUAGGAUACUGUAUGGUUUAUAUAUUCAUGCAGACAUUCAUGAUUCCAGGAACUGUGUUCAUGUCGUUGCUUGCUGGUUCCCUUUUCGGAGUCUUCAAAGGUGUAGCUCUGGUGGUGUUCAAUGCCACUGCUGGUGCUUCUUCUUGUUAUUUCUUGUCAAAGGUGAUAGGGAGGCCCCUUGCCACCUUUCUAUGGCCCGACAAGCUCUUAUUUUUCCAAAGCCAGGUGGCUAAAAGAAAACAGGGGCUGUUGAACUACAUGUUGUUUCUUCGAUUAACUCCGACCUUGCCAAACACAUUUAUUAAUGUUGCUUCACCAAUUGUUGAUGUGCCUUAUCAUACUUUCUUCCUGGCAACCUCAAUUGGUCUGAUCCCUGCUGCUUACGUCACUGUCAAGGCUGGACUAGCUCUCGGAGAACUACGAUCUCUUGGAGACCUCUACGACUUCAACUCAAUAGCCACCUUGUUCUUGAUUGGAAUUGUAUCGGUCACUCCCACGCUAGUGAGCAAGAACAAAUCAUAGCAUUUCACUAGCUCCACUUAGCUAGGUGUACAUUGGCCCCUUGUUGUGCUUGCAGCCAUUUGGAUAUUACCUUGAGACACUUUAUCAUCAAAUAAGGGAGAACCUGAAAGCUUUCUUUGUUCUGGAAAUUUCUGCUAUGAUGGAGCUUUGCUGAAGAAUACGGGAAGAUGUGUCCUUUGGUGUUGGGUUUCGGGUUGAUGUGUAUGUAAACUUUAAUUUCAGCUUCAUAGGGUAUGUGUAUCAGUAUCGUUGGUUACAGAAUGUAAAGGCAGUUUCUAGUAAAGUUUCAAGCGUUUGGUGUUGAA